AUAAGAAUGGCCGGUUCAAGUGGGAUGAGUACCGAUACUAAAAAUGCUCUAAAAACAUGGGAAGUAAGCAAUGGUGUAGAAACUGUUAACAGUGUGGAUGAUAUCUAUCGCUACGAUGCAAAACAACAGCAAGAUAUUUCAACAGCCAGACCAUGGGACAAGGUACCUCAUUAUUUUAAUCGCAUUAAAAUCUCCACUUUGGCACUGCUGAAAAUGGUGAUGCAUGCCCGUUCUGGAGGGAACAUGGAGGUUAUGGGAUUCUUACUAGGCAAAGUGGAUGGCAAUACGAUGAUUGUCAUGGAUGGAGUGGCACUACCCGUGGAGGGGACAGAGACACGGGUGAAUGCACAUGCUCAGGCAUACGAAUACAUGGCAGCUUACCAUGUUGCUGCAGUGCAGGUUUCCCGGUUAGAAAAUCAAAUAGGUUGGUAUCACAGCCAUCCAGGAUACGGCUGCUGGCUGUCGGGGAUUGACGUGAACACGCAGAUGCUGAAUCAGCAAUACACAGAACCUUUUGUUGCCAUUGUGAUUGAUCCAGUGAGGACUAUUUCUGCUGGAAAAGUGAAUAUUGGAGCAUUUCGGACUUAUCCAAAAGGAUACAAGCCACCUGAAGAAGGUCCCUCAGAAUACCAGAGUAUUCCACUGAACAAGAUAGAAGACUUUGGAGUUCACUGCAAACAAUACUAUUCUCUGGAAAUAUCGUAUUUCAAGUCUGCGUUAGACCGUAAACUCCUGGAAUCACUGUGGAACAAGUACUGGGUGAAUACACUGAGCUCAUCAAGUCUGCUUACAAAUGCAGACUACACAACUGGUCAGAUAUUUGACUUAGCCGACAAGCUGGAGCAGUCAGAGGUACAGUUGGGUCGUGGGGGGUUCAUGCUUGGAAUGGAUUCACACGACAAGAAAUCGGAAGACAAACUCGCCAAGGCUACAACGGAUGGGUGUAAAACAACAAUCGAGUCUCUACACGGGUUGAUGUCACAGGUUAUUAAAGAUCGGCUCUUCAAUCAAGUUCAUCUAAAAUGACGAUGUCAGUCUGUAACAAAUUGAACAUGUUUUGUAUAAAUAUUGUGGACAGUCGGUCAGCUGAAGGGAGAACUGAUGACAAAGUUCAAUGCAGGUGUUUUGCCAUUUUCAGCAAUGUUGACUUAUUCCUCACAUACAUACAUGUAUUUAUACUCUCUUCAGGUGUGUGAUAUCUCUAUAGCAGUCAGUCAGUCAGUUAUAAAACAUUAUAUGCUUCGUUCCAGGAUACUGUCUUAAGCCAGAAAUCAAUGUGUAUGUAGUGCGUAAAAUGUGUAGUGUGUAAACAACAGUUAAUAUAGAAAUCAAUUGAUGUGCUUCCGUAUGUACGCAAUGCGUGAUGCGUAAUGCACAAUACGUUAGUUCCCGAACUCCUCGGUGAUCAUUCCAUUACACACUACGUAUUUCGCAUUACAUACACAUGGAUUCCUAGCUUUAGGCAUACAGUCCUUAAUAAUAGAGGAGCUUUAGCUUUUAAAGUUGUUAUUAAACUGCAACAUCUUCAAAAUUACAGUAGAAUCAUGUGAACUUUAAUUCCAGCUUCUGCUAACAAAAGAAAUGAAGGGACUUUCCUGACUUUGAAGCCAUUGUAAUACGGUUUUCUUUCAUACCUGUUGUCGAGAACAUCAUUUGUUAUGUUUGGUAACACAUACUUGUGAUAACAAUUUAAAGUCAUACUACUGCCAUACUAUCCAAUGAAAAAAGUGCAGUCAAAAUCGAUUACUCUGUUAUAUAUAAGUUAACGUGAAUUUAAUUAUACUGUGCAUAUAUUAACUACAAUUUCUAGGGCCAUAAAUAAGUUUUUGUUGGAAAAGACAUUUAGAUUUAUUUUUGAAGAUGUGUAAGAAAUAGAAUACUACAUUUGUGUGUCAAUACCAUUUAUCUUUUGCUCAUUAGAUUUGUUUUAAAACGAUAAAUAGUAUCUAACGACCACUAAUGCUGUAUUCUCCAUUUAGCCAACAGAUUUUUAAACAAUUAAGAUUACAGAUUAAUUACAUGUGUUCUUGUUUAGGAUAUCAAUGUUUGCAUAUCCAAUGUGGUUAUUUAUCCAAAUGUUUGUAGUACUGGUUCGAACUAAAUUUUACAUCCUAACACUUUGGAUUAUUAUAUUCUAAGCAAGAAAAUUUAAUUAAUAUGUAAUUCAAGGCUUCUAGGUUAUGGUAGCCCCACUUCGAUGGCUAGUGAUAUUUAGUGUUGGGCUAGCAAAUAACUACUAUUGUCAUGCCCGACGGC